AUGGCGAGUUUUGUGAGGUAUGCGCUUGAGCGCAGGGACGAUGAGACUUCCGAGUACUUCACCGAUGAUGACGAUGUCUAUUGGUGGUAUAGCAGAGAGGGAUAUAUCGUCAAAUGGACUAUCCUUGCCGUGAUCGUACUUCUUUUUACACUCUGGAUCGUCGGAGGAUACUGGCAUGCAAAGAAGAGAAUCCAAAAGGGUUUACGACCACUAGCAUAUCAUAGAUGUUUUGUUAGUAGGCGCAUGAUGGCUCAGGUCGAUCCCCGUUACGCAUAUCCUCCUAACGGAUACUACUACGCUCCUCCUGGAAACUACGCCCAGCCUGGCGGAUAUCCCAUGCAUAACAUGCCUCCUCCACCAGUCUAUGACCCAUCACGACCUCCCAUGUACGAAGAGCCCCCGAAUGCCUCAAAGAUCGACCCGGCGCAAGGACAGCAGAGACAGGCCGAUGGACCGGCAGACUAUUAUGCUCCUCCAACAGGACCUCCGCCUCCCCGAUAA